CAACCACAUAUAAGGACACAAUCAACAUAUGGAUAUCCACCAUCUACUGCAUCAUCUGCUGUUUACAAACAGACAUCUCAAGCAAAUACUUUUUCGACUGGGAAAACUUCUACAGAGCAGUCAGGUGUCUGUUUGUUCAAUGGCUCUACUAUUGCGGUGGGAUCAAAUGUGACAUAUGAAAAAGAUAACUGUGAAGUCUGUGAGUGCAUAACAACCUCAAAUAGACCUGUUAUGGCAUGCAAGCCAAUAGUAUGCCAGGAAAACUGUCAACCUGGAUAUACAUAUGUUACAAAAGAUUCAAAAUGCUGUGGAGAAUGUGUAAAGACAUCGUGUCUGCUAAAUGACACAGUGGUGAUCGAGCCUGGAAAUUUAUGGAGGCCCUCUGGAGAUAAGUGCACUUUUUAUGAAUGUGAACCUGGCACAUUAAUGGUUGUCAAGAAGGUUGUUGUUUGCCCAGAGGAAAGUUCUGUAACAUGUGAAGAGGGUACAUUUGUUGAAUUUACGAGCUCUGAUAAAUGUUGUAAGACACUUAUAUGUGUCCGUGAUACAUGUAGUUUAAAGACAACAUGGGCGAUUAUGGAACAACAGGGCUGUGUAGCCAAUGUCUCUCUAACACACUGUGAAGGUCUCUGCAGCUCCACCUCCAGCUACUCCACUUUUUCAAAAAACAUGAAACAUGGCUGCUCCUGUUGCCAAGAGUCAAGUAUCAGCAUAAAGAACAUUCAACUACAGUGUAAAGAUGGGACCAACAUUGAUUAUAGCUAUCAUGAUGUAGAACAAUGCCGUUGCCAUACGACCGAUUGUGUUCCUUUAGAAUCUAACAGUGUGAUGUAAAGAACACUAUAAUAGCCAACAUUUAUAAUCUAACAGAUAUGUUAUAUGUUUGCUGCAAUGAAUUACAAUUGUGACAACGAUAAUAACAAAAACUGUUAAACUCACAUAAGAAAAUGUAAUUUAGAAAAUAAGUUGUGAUUCUGAAAUACUUUGCUUCAGUUAUAUGUUCAGGUAAAAAUACUUAAGAACAAUCUUCGUAACAUGCUCAAAAUAGUGAUAAUGCAGCUAUGCAGAAACAGUUUUCUAAAAAUCAAACAGAAUAAAAUGUUUUUAAGCACUUUAAUUUAGUGAGUUGUAUCUAUGUGUUUGUGGUUUAUAUGCAACGUUAAAACUCAAACUAUACCUGCU